AUGUUUCCUGAGUCACUAAAAUUUGAUAUUACCACUCUGCGAUCGCUAUCAGCAAGCGCUUCCUGCUCUCCAGCUUCCACUCAUUUUGGCUCCAACAAUAAUCGCAGUGAUGGACCAUUCGCCGGUAUUGGUGACCUAUACGAUGUCCUUGAAGCAGUCAGUUCUAUGUCCGUCCACGAACCAUCAGACUCCGAGGCAAACUUGGUUAUGGAUGUUGUAAGAGCGAAACACAAUGUUUUCCUCGCUCAGAAGAUGCUCGUGGAUUGCAUACUACGGGAAAAUGAGGUGUUCGCUAGCCUAAUCCAAUUCCAAGCAGAAGCCGCUGAAAAGAAAGUAGAUGAUAUGGACCUUGGGCUGGGAUGGAUGAGGAUCAUCUUCAGGAAGUACGGCUGGUCUCAUCUCCCUCAGAAUCAUGUGUUAUUGCGGAGACAGGAUCAAAUAAGUUCGUUCGGUGCAUCAGAUGUGGAAAUCCCGCCGAGCCGGCAACCCACAAUAGUUCUUGACUGA